UCUCCUUUUCCUCUACGUUAUAUCUUUUUUCUCUUUCGCGGAACGAAAAUGCCCAAAACGUUGCAUGGCCUUGAAAUUUUACUCUCCAUUCUCGCUCGUCCAUCGACGCCUAAGAAGUUUCACUUCAAAAACUUUUUCUUCCAACCUACGUCUUCCGAAUGUUAGUCACGCACCGACCCAUUCGACUAUGGUGGCCGCCGUUUUCAUGUAUAAUGAGGGGAAAUACUGAAAAACUGGAAUUCAUCUGGACAACUAAAACAGACACCCAUUAUGCUUAACUUUCUUGGUAUUACGGCGAAAACUAUUGCAGAAAAGGCGAAAGCUCACACGAAAAAAUUAUGUGCUGUUUAUAAAACUUCCCUACUUUCGGAAAAUAUUACAACUCAGGUUGUUUGACCUUACAGAGAAAAAAAACAAACUAAAACGAGUCUUUUUGCUGCUGUUUAGCUCAGUUUACAAUGAGACAUUGACUUUAUUCUCUACUUAGCAGACAUGCAUCUCAUCUGCCCCUACUAAGUAUUCGCGGUUUCAUAGCAUCAAAGACUUGGCUUACGUUUUUGUAGCGACUUUUUAUCUAAUUUCACGAGAAUUCAUAGCACGCAAUUCUGCACGAAGCAGCGCAAUGGAUGAUGUAUGCGGUAAAUUUAAAUAAAUGGCAGAUAUAUAAGCAAAAAUGUUUUAUAUAACGGUUUCAAACACAAAGCAGCGGCCGCCUAUGCCACAUCGAAGCGUUGGAUAAAAAGUGUACGACGAAGGAAGUUUCAUGAUUAGUAAAAUAAUAGUUACUUAGCUUUCUCGAAAUAAUUGUGUGAGUUUUUGAAAGUGCAAUUUUUGCGUGUGCUUUUUUGUGUAAAAUGUCAGUGAAAAUUAUAUACAGUGCUUUAGUACUAAUUUUUAUUUUUGUACUUUCGGUGAAUGCUGGUUGUGUUUGCCAUGAGAAAGGCGUCGAUUAUUGUGAAAAAUGCAAGGCACCGACAUUUGUGCGUCCCCAACCACGUUACGCCUAUUCAAAUCCGGCUUUCGACCUUACACCUAUUGGCGGAACUUGCUCCUGCAACAAAGUAUUCGUUGAACCGGCUGCACUGCCCAAGCCAUGUGGCAAAAAGCCACCACCGCCACCGAGAUAUCCCCCAUGCAAAUGUCGAUCAUCGCAACCGCAUAGCUACUAUUCACCGUCACCACCAACGCCUAAAUAUUCGCCAGGAGGCGACUAUUACAAACCAGCUCCGCUACCACCAGCGCCGCCGAAACCUUGCGGUUGCGCUUAUGUACCAACAGUGCCGGCUUAUCCUCUACCCGAUUUGACCUACGCAAAGCCCAAGAGCAACUCCAUACCCGCUGACCCCAUUAGCAUUAGUCUCGCCUUGCAGGCUAAUAAAGCCACAGCGGUACCCGAAGCGAAGUUAGCUUAUGGUUUCGCGAAGACGCCAAUCGACAGUUUGAAGAAGAUUACUUUCUCUAAGGUACCGGAAGAGCAUCUUUUCCAAUUGAAAAGCGAAGUGAUUACGUUGAAGAAGCCUAGUGCUGCACCAUCACCUCCCUCUGAAGAAGAAGAAGAACCUGAAGAGGAGGAAGCAGUUGAGUCACCAGAUGAAUCACCCACGCUAACGUACCACCAAUUGGGUUAUGUGCCAGAAAAGUUCAAGAAUCCGAAAUUUCGUAAAAUCUCUUCAAGUUAUAGUGCUGAUUAUUAUUCGAAUGAAGCGCAACCAAUUCCAGACAAAGUAAGGGUGGAUUGUGGUUUUAGACCUGGACGCAUUGCGGAGUACAUCAAGCGAAAAAACAAUAAGCAUCCCGCUGACAACUAUUAGUACGAUUAGGUUAUGCAUUUUAUGAAAGCACGGAACGAUUUAUAAGCCCGAAAUGUAAAAAUAUUUCGUAACCCUUAACACUUCGUUAGAAUAAGUUUGUUACCCUCCUAUUUAUUAUAAAUAAAAUAUUAGUAUAAUAAAAGGUAAUACUUUUA